AUGAGCCCCAUACUGAGCGUGUCGACCAAGAUUGAGAUUGCGGCGUCUCCCGCCGUUGUCAGAUCAGUGUUCCUAGACUUUGCUCGAUACACACAAUGGCAGCCUGGCUGGAACAUUCAGCCCGCUGAUGCCAGCAAACAGCCGCUCGAUCUGAAAGCGGGGGACAGCCUCAAAGUCAACAUGAACGGAAACGUCCACCAUCCCACUGUGGUGGAAAACUCGCCUGAGACUUUCCAAUGGGAGGGAUCGCUUUUCGGCCUUGCAAAAGGCGUUCACCAGUUCCACUUCACGCCUAGCGAUACGACUCCGGGAAGCACCACGUUUACCCAGGGCGAGGACUUUCGCGGAUUACUGAUUACGCUUUCUUCGCCUUGGUGGAACGGGAGGAAGUUUGACAUGGGGCCGUGGGACAAGUUCAAUGCGGACCUGAAGGUUGAGGUGGAGAAGUCUUUGAAGUAG